ACACACACAUAUACACACACACACACACACACACACACACACACACACACACACAUUCAUACAGCCGGUCUCACCGUCACAGGCAGCGGAUCACAGCCGAGCUGGGAGCGCAGAGACCCGGUGAGCAUGUCGGUGCUGGCCCCGCCCCCCAGCAGCAGCUCUGACGCCUGCCUCAGCAUCGUCCACAACCUCAUGUGUCACCGCCAGGGCGCCGAGAACGAGGGCUUCGCCAAGCGGGCCAUCGAGAGCCUGGUGAAGAAACUGAAGGAAAAGAAGGACGAGCUGGACUCGCUCAUCACCGCCGUCACCACCAACGGCGUCCACCCGAGCAAAUGUGUGACCAUCCAGAGGACGCUGGACGGACGGCUGCAGGUGGCGGGUCGUAAAGGUUUCCCACAUGUGAUCUACGCUCGUCUGUGGCGUUGGCCUGACCUCCAUAAGAACGAACUCAAACACGUGAAGUUCUGUCAGUUUGCCUUCGACCUGAAGUACGACAGCGUGUGUGUGAACCCCUACCACUACGAGAGGGUGGUGACCCCCCCCUCAGCAGGUCCUCAGUCGCUGAUUAAAGAGGAGUACAUGCAGGACUGUCUGCAGAUCGACCUGCCCCCCCACACUGACCCCUACAGCCAGCCCCGCCCUCUCAGCAUGUACUCUAACAUGCCCCUCUCUCCCCCAGGAAGCAGCUCCAUGCAGGCUGCAGCUCUACCAGCAGGGGGUGCCGCAGGCUGCAGCAGAGCAGGGGGCGGGGCUGGGGGCGGAGUCAGGAGCAAUGGCUCAGGCCUACUUCAGAUCACCUCUCCUCAGAACCACAGAAGCCACGCCUCCCCACCUCACCCGAACCCCCCUCACACCCCCCAGCCUCCUCAUCCUCCAACACCCAGCUCCCCUCACCCGCUGAGCCCUGAGUACAGCAGCCCCCCCAGACCUGCCACCUGGCAAGGUAAUGGCCCAGCGCCCUACAGCCCAGCAGGACCUCAUCAGAAUGGGCGGAGCCACCAGCAUCAGCCAUUGCAUCAUCCCCACCAUCACCACGCCCCCAACACUCACUUCUGGUCUCAACACCACAGCACUGCUCCCUAUCCACAGCCCGUCUCCAACCAUCCAGGUCCAGAGUUCUGGUGCUCCAUUUCGUACUUUGAGUUGGAUGUUCAGGUGGGAGAGAUGUUUAAGGUCCCGUCCAGCUGUCCUCAGGUGACGGUGGACGGUUAUGUGGAUCCUUCAGGAGGGGACAGAUUCUGUUUGGGACAGCUGAGCAACGUCCACCGCACCGCCACCAGCCACCGCGCCAGGCUCCACAUCGGUCGGGGGGUUCAGCUCGAGUGUCGGGGGGAGGGGGACAUCUGGAUGCGUUGCCUUAGCGACCACUCAGUGUUUGUGCAGAGCUUCUACCUGGACCGUGAGGCGGGUCGAGUGCCGGGAGACGGGGUUCAUAAGAUCUACCCCGGAGCUUAUAUCAAGGUGUUCGACCUGCGGCAGUGUCACAGACAGAUGCAGCAGCAGGCGGCAGCGGCUCAGGCAGCAGUCGUCACUCAGGCGGCGGCGGUUGCCGGUGCGAUUCCUGGGCCGAACAGUGUGGGUGGGAUCGCACCUGCUGUCAGUGUUUGCUCGACUGCAGGUCUAGGUGUGGACGACCUGCGCAGGUUAUGUAUCAUCCGUCUGAGCUUCGUUAAAGGGUGGGGCUGUGAUUACCCGCGUCACAGCAUCAAGGACACCCCCUGCUGGCUGGAGGUUCACCUGCACCGAGCGCUGCAGCUUCUCGACCAGGUGCUGCACACACUGCCGCCACGGGAACACACACUCUGACCCUCUGCUACAGGUGUGUGUUCUCUGCAAGGUGGGUGGGGCUUAGCUCACAGGAGAGCCAAUGGUAGCAGAAGAUAUAAACGUACCUUUUGAGACAGCAUCACCUUAACUUUCUACCUGACACCACCUGAUUCAUAAGCUCCGCCCAUUCCGUCCUCCCUCACACAGGAGUGAAAAUCAUUGGUCACUUUGGAAACGCUUCAGACAAUCAGCCAAUCACAGCAUCACGUUCCUCCUGUCAUUCAUGUGUGUUUCCAUAGAAACCAGCACAGUUUCAGAGUAAAGGUUGAGUUCACAGAAAACCUGAAAAUAAAAUCAAUAUUUCAUCUG